AUGUCUCGUUCCACGCCCCCGUCCGACUCGGCAAAGCCCGGAGAACGACUGCCCAGUGACGUCAGUGGAAGAAGUGACGACCUUGACUGGUUAAAUGCAUGCGCUUCGUCCGACAGCGUGGACGUUGUCCCAGCACGCAGCGAAGCGGCUCCUCACACGGGGAGUGCGCCGGCGCGACAGACGACGGCCCGGCCUCAGCAGGAUCGUGGCCGCGCACUCGAGUCCGACGCGACGCAGCGCGCCGGCAGUCUGAGCAGCUCUGGACGCAUGUCCUUCGGGGGUGCUUCAGGGACGAAGUUGGACACGAGUCGAGAGGUGGAGAAUACGACCGCCUCAGACGCUAGCCGUCAGAGCCUAGAUAUACGAGGCAAAGAGCAGUUGUUCGGAGACGCUCGAAGAGAAACUAGUUCUGUGCGCGCCCUCCAGGAUCCUUUCGAUGAUGGCGACGACGCCUCGGAGUAUGGUGUAGCGGUCGGGCGAUCGCGACUGCCAGGCGGAUCACCUGAUGCGUGCUGUCCGGUCAUCUGGACCAUGACUGCUGAAGAGCUGUUCGGCUUUGACCUCGUUUCAACGUGCAAACCUGAACGGGUUUCUCAGCGGGAUCAACAGAUGCAUCCCCAGAGAGCAGACUCCGCCGAUGCGGUCAAGCAGGUACUCCGUGCCGAGGCGUCAGCUAGGGAGAUUGUCAACCGCGCCAAGUCUUUGCGGAGCGUCCUCGGACAGCGCGUCCAGACUGAAGUGGACGACGAAGAGAAACGCUUCAGAGAUUUCCAGGAGGGCCUUUUCCAGGAGCGGAAGACACAAAUACGUGAAGAACUGGAGGCGUUUGUCGCUGAGGAAUCUCUUCGCACAGAUGCGUUUGUGGAACAUGCAAAACGCGAAGCGGUCGAGCACCGCCUGCAACGGGCAACGGAGCAGAUUGUUGGGCACGUGCUAAACGUCGAUGUGACGUGUCCUCUGGAAGCAGUUAAGCGUUUUGGCACAACACGGCAGUUGGUUGCGUUCCACGAGGAGCGUCAAAAGAGGAAUAAAGUAAUUCACCAUCCCCCCGGUGACGCCCUAGAGAGAGACAAAGACAUUAUCACUUGGGAUGAGCAAGGACAGGCACAAGUGGAACAUCUGUCGGCGAAUUCCCAACGACGAAAUGUUACUAAAUUCGGAAGCUUUUGGGUACGGCACCAGAACAAAAGCGCUCAGCACUCUGACAGACCUUUAGUGUUGUUGAGCACGCAUUCGUGGGGCGAUGUUGACAUUCCGGCGACCAACGGAGAAACAGGGUUUCCCAGGCUACGGUCCAUUUCAGAGGGUCCAGAAGAACGUCCGGCUGUGCUUUCGGAAAGCAGGGAAUCUCUCAGUCCAAAGCACGACCUUUGGUCUCAGGAGAUUCCCGACGAAGACAACUCGGCUCUUGUCGUGGAGGAAGGCGGUCCUGCAGCAAUAGCGUUCCAGACAGCUUGA